UUUUCUCCCUCUCCUUUUCUCCCUCUCCUUCUCGUUAUGGUUUGAGAAACCCACCACAAUUUCUUGUCCUUUAGAGAACUACUCUCUCACCCGAUGACACCUCCCCAACCGGGAAGGGGAAUUGGGGAAAAACAAGGACCCAGGAGGACACUGGGGAGCUACAUCGCGGUUCUGUGAUGGUGACUCAGAGCUCUGCAGCCACACUGGAGUCCGUGCCAUGGGCGCUCUGAUGCCUUGUCUCCCCUGGGCCCUCUCCUGAUCGUGAUGGGGCUCAGCGUAUUCUCAGCUGUGCUGCAGAGCAAGCGGCUUCAGAAGUGGUGGAAGAAGAAGAAGCAACAUCGGACAAGCAAGACAAGAGCCCGGACAGAGAAGCAGAGCGGUGAGUGGCCCCAGCACCGAUUACCCUGCAAAUGGCCUACACCCCACGGCUGCCCUGAGUCGGGGCUGCGCCGGGGGCUGCCAGCUACUCACUCUGUCUCCUCCCUCCCCAACUUCUCGGGUAGGGGAUGGAGGAGUGGAGAAAUCCCGUCCGAAGCAGGAGAAGCGGUGAGUGUGAGGGAGACCCCAGAUGCUGCCCCAGACCCUCACCCCGUGCCCUGCCCCUGCCUGCGCUGGGCAGCCCUGACCGCCGGCCAAGGGGGGUGCUGCCCGCGGGUCCCGCUGGGCUCCGGGGUGCAGCGGGGUCUCUUUCUCCUCCUUUGCAGGGCAAGUGUGGAGGACUCAAGAAGGAAGCCCCUCUCCCCAUGGGCCCCGCUGGCCACCGUGGACUGCAAGACAGAUGUAGGCUCCUCUUCCUUCAGCUCCCUCUACUCCUUCCCGGAGGCCUGUCCUGGUGGGAUGGCGGAACUGGCAGCACUUCACUGCUCAGGACCCCGCCAUCCCCCCAGGGCUGUCAAGGGGAGGGUUUAGGAGCCAGGGUCAGCCCUGUGCCAGGAGCCCCCACUGGAACUGCCAACAAGGACCACGCAAGAGGUCUACUUGACCUCUUGCACAUUUUCAAGUAGUGGGGGGAGAGGCAGCAGCGCGGCGAGUUGACAGCCAGAGCCGGCUGCCGGCUGCGCUGCAUCUGCUUCAGAAAUUUCCCCUAAUGGCUGGGAGGUGUGGGGCCGGGAACCCCCUGGGGUGCCCCACUUCUCAUCCAAUAAAAAAGUCAAUAUUUUCUCUA